AUGGGAUCCACGGUGUUUUCUGGAAUUACUCUAACUAUGCUUGGAGGAACACUGGUGUUAGCCUUUGCGCAUUCCCAAAUUUUCAAGGUAUUCUACUUCCGAAUGUUCUUGGGAAUUGUAAUUAUUGGUGCAUUGCACGGGCUUGUCUUUCUUCCUGUGGUGCUUUCUUUCAUAGGUAAUCUAUUGCUAAUGAGUUAUGUGAAGGGUUUUUUUUUCAUAACCUAA